UUUCUUUACUUUUUUUUUUAAACUACCAACUCAUCUUCUACCCCACAUUCAACAACACCUCAUUUGGGGAAUCACAAUCAAAAUAGAACAGACCCACUUUUUGUCGUCUUCCUCAGCCUCGCCAUCUUCGGAUUUGAACCCCAGACCAUGGCUGGCAACAAGAAAACCGAUACAAACCCUAGCGCAACCGAAACUUCUCCUCUUGAAUUUGAUCCUCCAGAACAGAUAGACCCUGUUGACAUCCUCAAAAAUCGAGAUCU